AUGAAGAUAUUACCAAGUCAAAAACACUCCCUAGUUCCACGGCCAAUUUUGUGCAAAAACAUGUCCGAGAAACCAGAGAAACAAGAGCUGCCACUAGAAACGAGUCCAUACACAAAGUAUGAAAAUAUUGAAGAUUACAAGAAGAACGCUUAUGGAACUUCCGGUCACGAAGAGGUUAAGCCUGGCCAAGGCGGCGGCACAACCGACGCACCGACCCUCUCCGGCAGUGCUCCUCCUUCCGCUGUAGAUUCAGCUAACCAACAAGCUAAGAAGUGA